GGCCUCCGAGACUGCCUGCCUGCCUGCCUGCCUGCGGGUCUGCAGGUGUCUGUGCCGUGAUGUUGCCGCGACUCGCCCGACUGCUCGGCCGCGAUCCGGACACAGCGUGGAGAGCGGCAAGAUCACCCCUUUUUUGCCAUGUUUUGAGGAAAAUGAGCUCUCAAGAAGGAAAGUCUGAACUCAUCAAACAAUCUCUUAAGAAGUCAAAGUUACCAGAAGGUCGUUUUGAUGCACCAGAAGAUUCCAAUUUAGAGAAAGAACCAUUGAAAAAAUUUCCAGAUGAUAUUAAUCCUGUUACCAAAGAAAAAGGUGGACCAAGGGGCCCGGAACCAACCCGAUAUGGGGACUGGGAACGAAAAGGACGCUGUAUUGAUUUUUAAGCUAUAUAUUCUUUAACCUCACUAUCUUUUGCAAAAUAUGUAUAUCUAUAUUGUAUGUACAUCUGCAUCUACAUCAAAAUGUACAUUAAAUUAUUUCUAAUUA